UCAUUGUUUUUGCUGCGGGCAUAACGGAAGCACGUUUCUGUCUUUGAUUUUACUGUGAGAGACGAGCCAGCGUGUUGGUAGCACAGAUAAUAACUUCAAUAGGCUUUGAUUAGCCCCAAUUAGUAGCAGACAAGCAGGAAAGAAACAAGAUAAACUAGUUGACGGCUCUUGUUAACAACUACUAGUCAAUGUUAGUGUAACAUUCUCUAUUCUAUACAGGGCAAAAUAACUGUUUAGCUAAUAGCUAACGUUAGCUAGCUGUUCUAGAGAUGGCCAGGUUCAUUACACCCAGUUCCAUGGAGACUGUACCGCGGCUGGACGGUACACCGGGGGGAAAGAGGGGUGCUCCAGCCUUGGACACUGAUACGGAUUCCACACGGGAGAUUAAAACCCACUUCCGUGUGUGUCGGUUCAUCAUGGAAACGGGUGUGAAGUUAGGCAUGCGUUCGGUGCCCGUGGCGACAGCGUGCGUGUUGUACCACCGGUUCUUCCAGUGUGUGAGUGUGACGGUGUACGAGCCCUACCUGGUGGCGAUGAGCUGCAUCUACCUAGCAGGCAAGGUGGAGGAGCAGCACCUCCGCACCCGUGACAUCAUCAACGUGUGUCACAGGUAUUUCCACAGUAGUAGUGAACCUCUGAACUGUGAUGGUGAGUUCUGGGAUCUCAGGGACAGUGUGGUGCAGUGUGAACUCCUGGUCCUCAGACAACUCAACUUCCAUGUCUCCUUCCAGCACCCACACAAGUAUCUCCUCCACUACCUCCUGUCGGUGAAGUCGUUAGUGAAUCGUCACGCCUGGUCCAGAACUCCCGUCGCCGAGACCACCUGGGCGUUGCUUAGAGACUGUUACCAUGGCACCAUGUGUGUGCGCCACGCCCCCCAACACAUCGCCAUAGCAACGCUGUACCUGGCACUGCUCAGCUACGGGGUGGAGGUUCCUGUCGGAGAGAGAGAGUGGUGGCAGGUGCUGUGUGAAGACAUCACUAAGGAACACAUUGAUGCCAUCAUCUCUGACCUGCUACACCUCUACGACAUGGAGGCCAAAUGUACCUGAGGGGGGAGGCCGUGUGUGUGUGUGUGUGUGUGUGUGCGUGCGUGCGUGCGUGCGUGCGUGCGUGCGUGCGUGCGUGCGUGCGUGCGUGUGUGUGUGUGUUCACUACUUUCUGUACUCUGAAGAACUGAACUGUUUCAUCUUUUUGAUAAUAAAUGUUAAAUCAAGAGUUAAUACAUAAUAGGUUUAGUUACGAACUCCACUCACCUGAUUGUCUAGGUCUUAGUUGGACACGGAUUAAAGGGAAUUAACCAGA